AUGCGCGGAUCGAAAGACCGCGUGGAGGUGUUUAAGCUGCCGGAGAACCUCUGGUUCGCGGGAACCGCGCAGCUGCCGCCGUUUAAAGACGCUGGUAACGGUGGCGCCUCCGCUACCGCCGGUGGUGGGAACAGCGACGGAGAUAGCAGCAGCGGAAACCACGGCACGAACGCCGUCGAUUAUCGCGCAUCUGACUCGCCCGACUCGGAAUCGUUGAAGGAGGAGCUGCUUGCGCGGAUUCGCGGCGGCGGACUCAAUGAGAAGACGCGCGAGGCUCUGGCGGGAGCAGCAAGCUCCGCCUCGGAGGCGGCCGCCGCUGCAUCUGCGCCCGCCGCUGCGCCUGCGAGCGCGCCGGCUCCCGCUGUGGAUCCUCUCGAGCAACAGAUGAACCGUGUUUCCCCUCCUGAUGUCGCUCUUUGUGUCGGCAAUGGCUACGUCCUUCACACUGUCAAUAUUGCGAUGGCUGUGUACGACAACAAGCAGGGGAAGCAGCUCACUCGCAUCAUCACAACCAACGAGUUCUUUGGCAUGCUGCCAUGGGUGGUGGAAAAGAGAGACCCGUUCAACACAUCAGUAUUUGGAGACAAUAUUGGCGACAUGACAUGCACGUAUGACCGCCAGGCCAGGCGCUUCUACCUCUCCACCUACUGGACUUCUGGGAAAUCCAACAACACGUAUGACAAGUUUGGGCAGACGAGGAGGCGAGGCAACAUCACAGUCGGGGGAGGGCUGAUAGUGGCGGCAUCAACCACAGACGACCCCACGCAGCCAUGGAACGUCUACUUCAUUCCUGGCUCGUACGCUCUCGCCUCCUUUUUCUCCUGCUUCCUCACCCAUUUCCCUCACCCGUUUCCCUCACCUUUCCUCAGCUCAACGAUGUUUUCCCCUCUUGCUGUCAGUCUUGACCCCCCACCCCUCGCCCAUCGUGCCCUUCUCCCCCUCCCUCCCUUUUGCUUUCCUCCCCCAUCAGUGGACUACCCUCAGAUCGGUACCGAUGCCUAUGGAUUUUACGCAUCAAUAAACCAUUUUUCGGAGACAUUUGACCAAUAUUACGGGGCGGGCAUCUAUGCAAUUUCCAAGUCCCAGCUCCAAACGCCUGAAAACGCCACCAUUCUCCGCCUCGCCGUACCUUACACAGAGACCCUCAGCAAUCCAGCCUACACAAUCUACCCUCAGAAGGUCGCUGCUGAUGGGGACUAUGAUUACAGCCAUGGUGGCACCAUGUACUUUGGAUGGACGGGAGUUAACCCCAACCCUGGCGCUCCAAACGAAACCGUGCUCGUCGCCAACUAUAGCACAGUUGGAGCCUUUGCUAUAACGGGGACAAGCGCCCUGGGAACCCCUGAAGCUGAGAGUUUGGUUGAGCCGCACUGUGCUGCUGUCAACACUCCCCCGUUCUUUAAUCCGUUUCCUGUGGAGCAGAAACCUGGGCCAGUUCCUCUUGCUUGGAAGAUGAACCAAACAAUCAAACCCAUCGGCCCUUCGUUUACAGAUGCGAGAGGAGUGGUGGUGUUUCCUGGGAAGAGGCAGAUGUGGUUGGGUUUUAUGUCCGCUUUUGGCAAGGACAUGAGUGCUUCUGCUGCGGUCGUGAGGCUCCGCUUGUCCCUCAGGCCCCAGCGCAAGUGGCGGCCGUUUCGGGUGUUUCUGGAGCGGUUCAAAGCGGUGGGGGUGGGAGGGGGGAACAGCCUCAUUCAGCCGACCAUUGCUCUCAAUAGGCACGGCGUGGGCAUCAUAGCAGCGUCGCUGGCAGGGCGUUCGUUGUACCCCUCAGCUGCCUAUGCCACUCUCAACGCCAAUGUGGAUAUCGGCCGCGUGGUUGUUGCUGGCCCGGGAAAGGCUCCUCUCGACGACUACACGGGCUACCGCGAGGGCGCAACGGAGCAUCGGUACGGUGACUACAUGGCGGCAACGGUGGAUGAGGAGGGCAACGCGUGGGCGGCAGUGCAGUAUGUGGCUGGUGAGCCCAGGAGUGAGUGGAGCAACUGGGCUACCUACGUGUUCAAAGUGGAUCUGAAUGGGGGGGAGGAAGGGGGGAACGGCGGGGAUGGGGGGGAUGGGGGAAAUGGGGGGGAUGGGGACGGAGGAAAUGGGGAUGACGGCGGAAAUGGGGACAACGGGGGGGAUGGGGGUCAUGUUGGGAGUUAG